AUGGCCCUUGUGUGUGCGGCUAAACCACAUCGAGUCGUCUUAAUUAUUGCAGCGAUUGUUGAUGUAAUUUGCAUAAUCCUCACCGGAGCGGGUAGCAUUCAUCUAUUGGUUGUGAACAUGAGAACUCUCUACACUGCUGGCUGGCUGGGGAUUGUACAGAUGGUUGUCCUUAUCUAUCAUUGUUCCUCCUGCGCUCGGGAUGCGGAUAUCUGUUGCAAAUGGAAGGCAUUGGAUGAGGUUGACUACUCUUCUUCCACUCCAGCCACGGUUGGCACCGCGGAAGCCAACUGUAGCGCCCGAAGCGGGGACGCUGCUGCCCCUACCGACCCCGAGGUGGGUCGGAGGCAAAAUAGGCGCAGGCGGCGGACACAGUCGCCACCUCCCGACUUCCGACUCCCCGAUGAGGUGCCCAGACUCCCGGGCUACGAUGAACUCAACAAGUCUGAGGGUCUGCCACCCGGCUACGACAGCCCCAGGAACCCCCCGCCUGCAUUUAGCUCCACGGGUUCGCUUGAAUGA